AUGUCAUUGCGAUUACGCCAGGGCCCCGGCACGGGUUCAGGAUGCUUGUCGCAGUGUAUGUCUGCUGAACUAUCCCCAGAUGAGCGCGAGCGCAAUGAGACAAAUCAGGGUAAUUGGCAGCGGCAGCUGGAAACGGCGGCGGUGGUGACAUCUUGGUUCAUUCUCAACAUCACAAUCGCAAGUUCAACCAAGUGGAUCUUUGUGCACGGGAAUAUUUGCAUUCAGGACAAAGGAUGUCAGAAGUACGAAUAUCCCGUGGCCAUCACUGUGAUCCACAUGAUCUUUUCCUGGAUGCUCUGCAGAGUGUACAUAUUCCAAAUCCGCGGAGGUCUCGAAGGAAAAGCGAUGAUGGGACUUGCACAACAAGCGAGGGAGAUCAUGCCUCUGUCGCUGUGCUUUGCACUUUCUGUGGCGAUGGGCAACCUCUCGCUGAAGUAUAUUUACCCUUCUUUCAACCAGAUGUUGGGAUCCAUGUCGCCGCUGAUCACAGUACUGCUUGCUGUGGUGAUGCAGCAAAAGCGAUUCCCGCUCAAGACGUGGCUAUCUAUGCCGGUUAUCUGCCUUGGACUGGCCGUCUGCAGUGCUAAGGAACUCAACUUUAAUCUGCUGGGGGCCUUCUACGCUAGCGGAGCCACUGUGCUUCGGGCGGUGAAGUCGCUGAUUCAAGGGAGGCUCCUCACCACCUCUCGCCAGAUGGACUCCGCAUCUUGCCCCGAAUUCCGCUUUUUCCUGUUGGGCACUGUUUUGGACACUGGUUACUCUGCUGUACUACAUGGCCCCCUGGGCGGCGAUGUGGCUGACAUUGAUGAUGUUUCUUAUGGAGGGCAGCGCGCCCUUGUUUCUCUUGUUGCUGGCACCAUUCGACCUGUUCGAGUCGGGCGUGGCAGACACCACGGGUGCCGGCCAAGUUGCGUUACUCCUCAUGCUUUCAGGAUUGAAUGCCUGCCUUCUCAACAUUGCGAACUUCCUGGUAACUUCCUACACAAGCCCGGUCACCCUUCAAGUUCUUGGCAACGUCAAGAGCUGUCUUUCGAUUGCCGUUUCUGUGGCCAUUUUCAGGAACAGCCUGACAGUGGAGCAGGCCGUUGGCGUUGGCACCUGCUUGAUCGGCGUGUGGCUAUACAACCAGAAGGCUUGGACAAGGUGUCGAGCCGCAACUACGAGGGCGAACGCGCAAACCAGAGCAAGGACGAAAAGAUUCGUGUGGCUCAGCAGCUGCGUCAGCGGUAUCGAAGAGAUGAUGACGGAAUUGGCGUGGCCUUGAAAAGAGCUGAGGGCCCGCUGUUCACCGAGCACACAGAGGUGGACCCUGUCCUCGGAGAGCGUGAGGACAGCUCCGCUGAGGAGGAAGAGCUUCCUGGCGAUUUGAGGCUGCCAAUGCGUGAGGAGCUUUCUCAGCCCCGCUGGCAUGAAGAGGAGGGCUGGUACAAGCAGGAGAGGGAGUGGGAGUCGCAGUCGUGGAACCAGCAGUGGCAGGGAUGGCCAGCGGAGGAGUCAGAGCGCUGGGGCAGUGGCUGGGAUGAUCGUGAGGAUGCCAGUCAACGACAGUCCUGGGGUCAUUCGCAGCGCCAGAAGGCUCCAACUCAGACAGACACAAGAGGGGCAGUCGAGGACGAAUUUGCAGCCCUUUUGAACCUGCACAAGCUGCCUCGUCAGGAAGCAAGAACAACAACUAGUGCCGGUGCUGAUUACGCGGACGGGGAUGCCACUGCCAGGGUGGAGGCGAGGCAGUCUGAUGAUACGCCAAAGCAGAACCGAGAGCAUCACCAGCGAUCCGCACCACAGACCGACGCCAUCGAGGCCCGGACUUGGGUACCGGGGCAGAAGCUCAUGGUUCGGCACAAGUUCGAUGGCAAGGAGUACGGGGACAACUACCUGGUCCUUCAGAAGGGCGAUAUCCUCAGAUUUGUGAAAGAGGAGCAAGACUGGGCCUUCUGCAAGCGUGAGGAGCCUGGCCCUGGACCUAGCGAGGGAUGGUUUCCGCCCAACUUUGCGCAGAAGGCACCGUGA